AUGCAACCGACGUAUGCCGGAAAAAGCAAAGAUUAUGAGAAAGCAUGGCGAGAACACGUACUUUUAUUGGCACUAGCCCCGUUUAUCUCCGGUUGCGGUGCAGGCAUGGUAGCGACGGUCGUGAUCCAGCUGAUUGACACUUUGAAAGUUCGCAUGCAACUCAUGCAGUACGAAAAGUCAGCAGCAGCAGCAUCUUCAAUGUCGCUCAUUCGUGGUCUCAUCGUUCAGCGAAGAGUAGCUAAACUGUAUAACGGCUUGUCAGCUGGCUUACUGCGUGUCAUGGUGUAUGGUACAGCGCGGAUUGGCUUGUUCACAACGUUUGAAAGUAUUCUGCAGCAACGCGCCGCCGAGAGGGGAGUUUUCCUAGCUAUGGAACGCCAGCGGGCUUUCAAAAUGUGCCAUUGCCCCCCCUGCACAGAUAGAUGCUAUGGUAGCCCCUAUCUACGUUAUUUUGACCGUCUCUGA